AUCACGUGUUUUCGGCAUGACCGCAAAGGUGUGGCCACACUUCUGGCGAAUCUGGCCCGACUCCCGGCCGAGUGGCUACACGAACUUCUUCAAGUUGCUGGACAUCAUUGUGGCGCCUGUCCAUUCGCUGUUAACACCAUCAUAUUACCGCCAAGUCAUGGCACGAAGGAAAGCAAAGCACCCCAAGAAUUCUGCUUCUGCUGCAGAGAGGAUGAACGACGAAGCGUCAGGAAAGCGAGACGUGCUAGCAGACAUGCCGGUGGACAUCAUGCACGAAAUAAUUUUAUACCUUCAUCCUCGAGAGCUUCUCAGUCUCUCACGAACGUCGAAGACGACCCAUUCGUUCCUAAUGAAGAAGAGCUCCGCGUCAUACUGGAAAGAGUCCCUGAAGAAGGUCGACGGCCUGCCCGCUUGUCCAGACAAGCUCAUCGAACCUGCGUGGGUCGCCUUGGUUUUUUCGACCUUCUGCACGGCUUGUGGAAAAGGCACGGCCCUCCGAGUUCAUUGGGCAUUCUUGAUGCGAUUGUGCAGCUCCUGCAAGCCGCAGCUAGUGGUAAAUGAUAUUGAUGAUUUAGUGGGUGAAAGAUUGUGUCUUCCAGAUACUCUUAUCUCUAGGGGCUGUGUCUCUCGGACGAGUGGACAUUGCUACCUGAAAUCCGAAGUACAGCAAGUUGCCAGUACAUGGGAAGAUCUAUCUGCUCCCCAAAAAUAUGACCAACUGUCAAAGUGGAUUACUGAACAAGUCCGCAGCGUCGACGAAGUACACAAGUUCCAAGACUCGUGCAUCAUUUGGUUGGAGAAACAGGAUUCCGCACGCCACCGUGAACAAGAUCUUCUCAAGCAGAAGCGUUUGAGCGACAUCACCCAAAGACUCCAAGCACUUGGCUGGGGGCCUGAGCUUGAUAUGCUCAAAAAAGACCGGAGCGAACUACUAUCGAGUCACAGGCUCGUCUGCAUGACAAACAAGCUCACUGAACAUGGCUGGCGGAAAGUCCAGGGCGAGAUAAUCAACUUCAUGCAAGGCAUACGGACGGAACGUUUGGAGCGCCAGCUCUGUGAAACGUUGAAGACGCGUUGGCCUAUCUUCAAAGCUGCAGGAAGGGUGCUUUUGGACGAAUACCUGAACAAGUAUCCACAGGCCAGAACUUGGGGUCUGAACCUCGCAGACCUCGCGUUCACGGCCGCUUUUCGCGAAGUGAUGUGCGUGUCUACAGAUGUGCAGGUGGAGAAGCACAGCUUCAUGAAAUUGCGAGAAGAUAUAGACGCAAUUGUGGAAGGCUGGAGGGUGCGCAUAUGCUCAGAACUUUGCCAAUUCAUCGGACGACAAACUGGACAGCCUCCCAAGGACAUGGACUGGCUGCGUCUCGCGACGACGAUGUUUAGAUGCAAACGUUGUUCCGGGCAACAAUUGCUAUUCUACCCAUAUCUCGUGGCCCACAGGUGUUUACGCCAUGUCUCAUCGAUAUCGGCAGCGCGCGGCUCUUAUUACGGUUCGGUGUGCGCGUACAUCGGGGUACCCUGCAUACCUGAGGUCAACGCGUUGGAGGUUUUUACCUCGAGUGUCGUGCGCAGAGUUGUACGAUUUUGCGGCAAGAACCCAAAGACGGCCACUGCGAGGGAAAUGGAUGCAUUGAAUGGCACCUGGCUUGUACGAGGUAACAUGAUCAUGACGUGGCGUGCCGCGAUCAUCGACGCCCUCCGCCUCAAAGAUGACCUCUCAACGUGGCGGAUGGCAGAGUUGGAAGAAAGCGUGAGGGCGAAGCAGCGGGAAACGUGGUUGAUACAGGCUAAGGCCCAACUAUGGAGAUGCACGAGAUGUUCAAAAUCCGUGGCCUUCGAUUGCCUGGAACAUAUGAGGUCGCACUGUCAAAGACGCCAUGGCGUUAUUGACCCCAAGAUCGAAGACGGAGACAUUGAAAUGGGCCACAAUCCUGAUACUGACUGCGCCAGUGGUAUCUGUAGGUUGAAGCUGAAGAUGCUGGACCGGGGUUUCCUGAUCUAAGACCGCAAUUCUUCCAAGUUGUGAUCGCCAUAGCUUAGUCAUCACUCCACAUUGUAAAGUGGACAUGAACAGAGCAGAAUUUUCUCGCGUACUUCACCUACACUUACAUACAGCGGGUUCAUCCGUAUGAUACAAUCGAACAGACCGUGUUAGUUAGUUCCGGCCACGAGCGCGUUGAAUCAUG